AUGGUUGGUCCAAAGAGAAUAGAUAUAGUCGUAGAAAACCUCUUUAUGACGUCUGAUUUUUUCUUGCAGAAGGCCCAUAAAAUUGUUCUCAACAUCUAUUCAGAACAAGGCAUGAACGAAUACUUCAAGAUGAUCAAAAUUUCAAUCAAGUCACUAGUAAUAAUAGCAAGAAAGUAUGCACAACAUCUAACUCCACGAAAAGAACUGAUACUCUACUACAAGUUGGCUAGACUCUUUCUUUUUGAAACCGAGAACAUAGACAAAGCUGAUGAGAACAUCUACAAGUCAGGUACUAUAGCCAAACGAAACAAAUUCACUGAUUUAAUAUUCGUUUCUGACUACUUAUCUGCUCAGAUAAAGGAAAGGAACAACAAGACUGUCUUCGUCAAUUUCAUCAACGAAAGAGUAACCUACUAUGAGAAUCUCGAACUUCACCAUUAUGUCACUAUGUUGCAAUUACUCAAGAUUGAGCUGUUAUUGACAUAUGAUGCUAAUACUGCUGUCAUAAUAUUGCAGUCUCUAGCCCAGCUGGAAAAGAUCGACGAACUCACCAAGGUCCAUUGCAUGCUUAGUCUUAGCAACUUGCAUCUUUAUAGAGGCUCUCCUUCGAUAUCUUUAUCUAUUGUGAAUGAGAUCGACAAAAUAUUGGACUCCCUUGGAAAUGAAACUCCAAGACAGAUGGCUGCCAUGAGUGCAAUCACUAGGUACUACGGCGAGAUUCAAAUGAACAACGUAGACGAGGCAAGUAAGAUCAUGAAAUCCAUCAAUAGCCUCAUUGCCAAUGAGCAAAAUCUAUCUUGGAGCUCGUGGAGAGAAGAUGGUAAGUUCAAAAUAGAAAUUCCUAUUCAACCCGAAGCAAACACAUUAAUUCCUACCUACUUGUCAUGGUUGAAUUCAGAUGAGUUUGUCAUCAUGUUCUAUUUCCUCACCGGUAUCCAUUACAUGUCUGAAGCAGCAAAUGGAAAGAAGAAGUCAAAGAAAGUAUUCGAUCGAUGCCUUCAGAUUGUGGAGAAACAAUUACUAGAAUUAGGUCUGGUAAAUAAUAAGAGAAAUCUUAGUAUUACUGAUUUAAGUAACAAGAUCAUCAGGCUCAAAUUCAUUAAGUACUCCACAAAGAUAUAUCAGGCAUGGAUAGGAUUUUUGAAUGGAGAAUUCAAGGACAUCAAUUAUUUGAAUGAAUUUAUGCUGGACUACAAUAAUAGGAGGUUUUCAGAUGAAGAAUUUUGUGAAUACUCUCUAUUGCUUCCAAAAACAUAUUAUUUAUUUGCAUUAUACUAUCACUAUAAAGGAGAUAUACAAGCAGCAAAGUACUAUUAUCUUAAGGUCAAGAAUCUCACUUCUGAAUUCAAUAGUGCAGCCAAUAGUGAUGUUGUCUCUUCAAAUUGCUCUGUAGUAGGACUUGGGAAUGUUGCCAUGGUACCGAAGCUGGAAUUCAGCGAACUAUAUGUCUUCUCAAGCGUGCACCUUUUGGUUCUUGUUCAAUUUGAAUUGCUGCAGCUAAUGAAACAAGCUCCAGGACAAAGCACGGAUGCUAUUAACGACUGCUUCAAGUUGUGUAAUCGGCUACACAAUGAAUUGAACGGAGCCUUUGGCGAUAGGUCUACUUCCAAUUCAUUUACAUCUAAUUUUGCGAAGUGUAAUGAUUUGCUUAAAAUGACACACAGUAUACUUGUCAAUAUAUCGGAUGAGGAACAACAGAACAGCACUUUCCUUCAGGAACUAUCACAGGUUUACAACAAAUACGAGUUGAAGGUUUGCUUCCCAUUUGUGUUUAACGUUGUCAAGCAUUUGCUAUUCGUACUGACUACGAGUUUAGAGGAAAAAAACAAGUAUUUAUCUGAAUUCUUGACUUUGAUCCUGAUUCCAGCCAAGACCGACUUUGAAAGAAUUGUAUUUACAUUUAUCUUGAAGAGCUUGCUUCUUCACUUCAAGAGCACUGGAGAAAAUGACAAAGCCAAUAUGGUUGAGCUUCAACUUCAGUACAUCCACAAGAGUCUUGAAGACAAGUACCGUUUCGUGCUCAGCAAUAUAGCAGCUACAGUAUAA